GACUGCGAUGCACCGCUGCCACGCAGAGUACCAGCUCCGACUCCUUAUGGAGGAGGAUUUCUAGAAGCAGAAGGCGGUCGUUCGCUAGGUGGCAGAGGGCGAGCGGAACACGAGGGCUUCGUUAGGCAGAAGCGUGCUAAGUCGUACAUCCAUAGUAUUGAGGCAGAUGGGUCAUUCCUGACCCAGGAGUCUCAGAUUCGGGAGUCGGCUGUUGCUCACUUCCAGACACUCUUCACCUCUGACAGAGGAUCCCUCGUUGCCCCGACCGUGUUUGCGGUUACGACCGUCACACACCUUACUCGAUUUGGGUCCGACCAUUCACCCCUUCUCAUCCGGUGCCGAUUUUCGAGCACCCGCCGCCGCUCUUCGUUUAGGUUCCAAAACAGGUGGGUUCGCCACCACUCCUUCCACGACACUGUCAGGGAUUCCUGGCUUCAGCCGACUGGGCUCUUCGGGAUACGCAAUCUCGAGGCGAAGCUCGGAAGACUGCGGCGUCGGUUGAGACAGUGGAACUGGGAUGUUUUUGGAAACCUUCAUCAACGUCUUGCUGCGGCUCAGAGUGCGCAUGCGACGGCUGAGCGGGCCUAUGACCUGGAUCCCACUCCGGGAAAUAGAACUGCCAUGCACCGCUGCCACGCCGAGUACCAACUCUGA